GCUGACCAGUGACGUAGCCAAUGUCGUAUAUUCACCGGGGAGGAAGCGCAUGGUGUUAGUCACCGGUAACCGGAGAAACGUGAGGACGGCAAGAACGUUACACGGACUGAAAAUCUUCUAAAAGUAAAAGUCAAAAUGCCUGGAGACAUCACUAAAGGGAAGAAGUCGUUUGUCCAGAAGUGUUCUCAGUGUCACACAGUGGAGAAUGGUGGCAAGCACAAGGUCGGCCCAAACCUGUGGGGUCUGUUUGGUCGCAAAACAGGCCAGGCACAAGGUUACAGCUAUACAGAUGCCAACAAAAGCAAAGGGAUUAUCUGGGACGAGAACACCCUGAAUGUCUACUUGGAGAACCCCAAAAAGUACAUUCCCGGAACAAAGAUGAUCUUUGCGGGCAUAAAGAAGAAAAAUGAACGUGCCGACCUAAUUGAAUAUCUUAAAUCUGCUACUUCCUAGAGAACUUUACCAUCAAUAUGCAUUUUCACUUUCUUGUUCAGUUCCAUCACAGCGCUGCCUCAGUUUUUGAUACUAUACGAUUGGUGGAGUGAUUGAUAUUCCCUUAUUUUAACAGGUUCCUUUUUUUAAAACACGGUUAUAAUUUAUUAAACCAUAUGGUCUAUUCACAGAAGCCGCGAAAGCGGUUAAUUGUGAUGUUUAUUCUAGAUUUAUUUUUUGGGGGGUCUCCAUGAACCUGUUGUCAUCAAUUGCCAGUCCUAUUUUUGAAACAAUGUAUUGUUUACAUUGAUUUUACUUGGUUACAUUGAAUAAAAUGCUAAUCACAAUCUUA